AACUCUGACUCUGGACACGAUUUAAAUCCAAAUGUGUUAAAUUUACACGUUGGGAACUCCCAGAUGUUUAAUCCUGAAAAUUUAACUCUCCAAUUUUUGCUGUGUAGCAGCCACACACCAAGUAUAAAGGUGCAUAAUUAAUGUUUCACUUUGAAAAAGUUACACCCAUUAGCACCUGAAACGGUUAGUGAGCGAGUAGAUGACUGUGCAAACACCAGGUCUGAGUUAUCAGACAGCUGGGAGGGACAGAGACAGAGACUAAGAAAGGAGACUUGCAUCAGAUCGUCUGUCUGUAAAACCUCAGGAGGGGAUGGACUAAUCUGGCUGGCUUCAUAAUAAGAGGAAUUUUGCAACACAUUGUCAAACAUUACUUCAUGCACUUAAAACUUAGGACAGUGAAGCAGAACAUAACAACAGUACGUAGCUUGUAUUUUAGCUAUAAAAUUCAUAAAGCAAACCUUGAUUAGUCAUCCUCAGCUAGGAUUGUAGAUUGAUUUGUAGUUGAACUGCUCUCAAAUGAUGCGUUCACUGAAACAAAGGAGGCUGCUAUUGAAGCUCACUUGUGUACUGGGACUCCUGUUGAUGCUGUUGCUACUCUGUCGGCCGAAAACAGACCAGAGUCCUGCUCACACGCUCAGGCAUGAACAUAGAGCUGUAAAGCAAACGUACAACUGUCCAGCAAUACUGAAAGGAGAGAGGGAAGCACUGGAUGAAGCCAAACUACUCUCCAUCUCUAAAGAGUUCCGCAGGAGCACUAAGAUCCCUGAUGCUUAUUAUAUAAAUGCCACCCAAAACUGCAGGAACUUCAAGUCAAGUAGAAAAUACGUAACAUCGCCGUUAAGCAAAGAAGAAGAGGACUUCCCUCUGGCUUACUCUAUUGUUGUACAUCACAAGGUGCAGAACUUUGAGCACCUACUACGAGCGAUUUAUGCUCCCCAAAAUAUUUAUUGUGUCCAUGUGGACAAAAAAUCUGAGGCCUCAGUCAUUUCUGCCAUCACAGCCAUUACGUCCUGUUUUCCAAAUGUCUUCAUGGUCAGCGAGCCUGUGAGCGUGGUCUAUGCUGCCUGGCCGCGCGUCCAGGCUGACCUUAACUGCAUGGCCGACCUCUAUAACAGCAGUACAAAAUGGAAAUAUUUCCUCAACCUCUGUGGCCAGGACUUCCCCCUUAAAACAAACUUGGAGAUUGUAAGAAUACUGCGGUUCCUGAAAGGUGGUAACAGUAUGGAGUCAGAAACCAUGGUCGAGGGGAAGAGGUGGAGGGUAACACAAGCUCACCAGAUAGUUAACGGGACAAUCCAGGGUACAGGAAAGAAAAAGGAGCCGCCUCCCUUCAACUUGCCCAUUCUGUCAGGAAAUGCCUACUUUGUGGCUAACCGAGGCUACAUUCAGAGUGUGUUGGAAGACAAACGGAUACAUGCGCUGAUCGAAUGGGCCAAAGACACCUACAGUCCUGAUGAGUUCCUCUGGGCAACCAUUCAGCGGAUGCCUGGUGUUCCUGGGUCAAGGAGGCCCCACCCUAAAUACGACACAACAGAUAUGAGUUCAAUUGCGCGGCUGGUGAGGUGGCCGUGGCACGAGGGGUCACAGGAUUCACUGGAAGCAGUGUACCCACCGUGUCAGGGCGACCAUGUCAGGUCAAUAUGUGUGAACAGUGCUGGAGACCUGCAAUGGCUGCUUCAGCAGCAUCAUCUCUUUGCCAAUAAGUUUGACAUAGACACAGAUCCCAUUGCUGUCUACUGCUUGGAGAGAUAUCUGAGACAAAAGGCGCAGGCUCAGGUGCAUUAGGUGGAGGUUUUCCUGAAUCAAAACAAAAUUUUGCCAUUUUAUAUGUAUUCCUACAGAUAAUUUAGAGUAUAGGUCUUCAACACGGGCCCAACGUUUCCCCUGUUGAAGACCUAUGGGGAGUCGAAAUUGUUGGUUGACUGGCGACCUGUCCAGAGUGUACCCCGUCUCUCGCCUGAUGACAGCUGCAUUGGCUCCAGCAACCCCCAUGACCCUAGUGAGGUUAAGCGGCAUGGAAGAUGAGAUGAGAUGAGUUAUCUCCCACAAAUUUAAAUUUCUUUAAAUACACAUUAACGUGAAUCCAACAUAUCUCAGUAAAGGGAUAAAUGGAGGCAGGAGACUUUAUCUUUCAGUCAGUAUUUCACUCAUUCAGGUGAUACAGGACCUGUCUCAACAGUCAAUCUAAGCCUCCUGUACACUUUAGGCCACGCCCCUAUUGCUGCUGAGCCAAUCAUGGGGCCACAUAUUACACACUGACUCUGUCAGGUCACCUGCAAUUGGCUGAGAGCUUAGUCAGUCCCCAGGUGAAA